AUGGCCAUCAGUGGAUCGAUCGAUGUCAACGGUCUUGAGGUUGUCGAAAGAGAUUCAACUGGACGAUACAAAAGGUACGGCGAGAUCGUAGGCAAAGCGAACUCAAAAACAAUAUACAAAGGUUUUGAUGAAAUUGAAGGAAUAGAAGUUGCUUGGAGUAAGACCGAGUUAACAGGUGAUAUAUUCGAUAACAUAAGCUAUCUUAGGAGUUUGAAGGCUGAAGCAAGACUAUUAAAGUCAUUAGAUCAUGAAAAUAUUAUCAAGUGCUAUGAUUAUUGGAUUGAUACGAAAACAAUUAACAUGAUUACUGAGCUUUAUACAUCAGGGAGUUUGGAAGAGUAUUUUGAAAAGCACGUUCAUUUCCAUAUCGAGGCAAUUAAGAAUUUUGCUAGACAGAUCCUUGAAGGGUUACAUUAUAUUCACUCUCGAAAUCCUCCAAUCGUGCACCGCACUCUGAAUUGUAGAAACAUAUAUGUUGAUGGGAGUACAGGCCGAAUAAUGAUAGCAAAUUUUGGUGUUGCGAUGUUUCUUGAAAAACAGUAUUAUCCGGUUCAGCUAGUUGAUAUUUAUAAUUUUGGGAUGUGUUUUCUUCAAAUGCUUACGGGUGAACCUCCAUACAACGAAUGUUGUGAUGAUGUGAAUGAACGUAACAAAAGGAUUAGGUCGGGUGUUAUGCCAGAAGUUCUAAGCAAAGUAGCAGAUUUACAAGUUCGACACUUGAUUGAAAAGUGUUUGGUUCCACCUGCUUGCGAAAGACCUGCGGCAAUUGAGCUCCUCAAUGACCCGUCGCUCGCACCCGAAACAUUUACAAGAUCACAGCCACGGCUACAAAAUUCUACAUCAAUUACAAAUGCACUACGCAAGUUUUUCUUAAAAUUUGUGUUUAGUUGUUUUUCUUAG